CAUCCAUUAGUUUUACUUUCACUAGAAAAAUUGUUAAUUUUUGUGCUAUUUUCAUCUUCUGGCUUUAAUUGCGUCUUCAUGUCAAUGUACAUCAAUGACUCAUCAGCGUCUCAUAAUUAUUCAUGAGGCUGCAUGUCCUUAUCCAAUGAGAAGACGUCUCGCUUAAUUAUUCACAACAGCACGUGUUGAUUUCCUCUGACAGGCGCUUCAAACAGUGAGAUCGCAUUUUACAGUCAGUUAAAGAUGCAUUAAUGGGUCAAAAUGAGUUCUUUUUUGCUUUGGAAGAGUUCCUGCGUCACAUGAGUUUGAGUCUUCGACACAAAUGUGAUUCAUCCACACUGAGUGUAACUGCCCUUUAUGGUGUUUACUGGUGCCUGUGUUAAGUUGUGACUUGUACAUCAGAUGUGAACGAUUGGCCACAGAUUUGUCAAUUCUGAAAACAAUUACAGUUUCACACUACAUGAUGUUGGUAUUAUUGUAAAGAUUAAAAAAUAAGACAUAAACAAGGUAUUUCAUUACCUAUAAUGACAGAAGUAUGUGUUUUAUUAUGGGAAAGGGCUGCUCGUGUCUAAUCUCGAAUCUCACUACAUUGUACAAUCCUUGAAAUCAAAAUGCUGUUCCUCUAAAUUAUGCGACAAAAUUACGCCUACUUCAUUAAGGUGUUUUUUGUUUGUUUUGUUUUUGUUUUUGUUAAACAUACUUUUGUCAUUACAGGUCAUGAAAUCCCUUAUUUUUGUAUAUUUUUUUAAUCUUUACAGUUAUACCAGCACCCAUGGCCGUAUCUACCAUUGAGGACACCGAGGUCAUGUCCUCGGUAUUUUUUCCCUAAAUUUCAAAUUAGUCAAAGCUGAAAUCCAGCAGUGAUGAUCAAUGCCAAACACAGAAUCCGAAUCUAUAUGUCGUAUGUAUUUUCUCCCAAUUAAAUUCACAUUCUCCGUCUAAUCUCAAGUGAAAUCUCCGCCUCUAUCUGUCUUUGCAGGCAGUGGCACGUGACACGUUACCUAGGCUACAGAUUCAGAGAGUCUGGAAAGCCGGCAGGCUGAUUGUAUGUUUUUUCACGUAAGCUAAUACAUCGUAGUGUGGUCUUGAGCGAAAUGCAGACAUGAAGAAGAACUUGCAUCAAACUAAAUUGCAUCAAACUAAAAUGUCAAUCUGCAUUCGUUAUGUAUCUGAAUCUGAUAAUUUUGAGAUACACGAGGAUUUUCUUGGAUUCUGUCCACUUCUUAAGCAGGAUUCUGAAUCCAUCACAAAAGCCAUCAUUGAACAGUUAUCCAAAUGGGGGCUUCAUGUCUCUUUACUGCGUGGCCAAGGGUAUGAUGGUGCCAGCAACAUGAGUGGAAGGCUGAGUGGAGUUCAGAAGAGAAUCCAAGAGGUUCAACCACGAGCCCUUUAUACUCAUUGCCGUAGUCAUGCCUUGAAUCUUGUUGUGGUCCAUGGAUGUACAGAUGUCCCAAUAGUGAGGAACACUAUGACCUUAAUUGAGAAGGUGGCUGUGUUUUUCUCAGCAGGCACCAGGAAACACAAGCUGCAAGACAUUUUGCAAGAACAGGGAAGUGAUGAUGGACCCAGAGGAAUCCCACUGAUGUCUGAUACUAGAUGGGGGUCCAGGAUAAAAACAGUGAGUGCCUUUAUAUCCAAGCUUGAGCCAACUCACAGUGCACUGCAAGAAAUUGAAAGUGACUGCACCCAUAACUCUGAAAAAGCCAGCAGGUUGCGCAACUCAAUUGAAUCCUUUGACACGAUCAUCACAUCAGUUGUAACCCAAAAUGUUCUGGGAUAUAUAUGGCCACUGACCCUUAAACUGCAGUCACCAAAUGUAGACCUUUCAAGUGCCUACAAAGAAGGAAGACAAGUGGCAGAAGUCAUUGAGAGCCUUCGCAAUGAUGAGGAAAGAUUCUGCAAAAUAUAUCAACAAGCAGUGCAGCUGGCAAACGCCAUUGAUGUUACACCUGUGAAGAAAAGAAUAGUGGUGAAACAGCAACACAGGGGCAAUGUACCUGCCCAAUCAAUUGCAGAGCAUUACAGGUUGAAUUUAUUCAUUCCCUUCAUCGAUCAUGUUACAAACGAAUUGAGAACCCGGCUUGCAGAGUCCACUGAACCAGCCCUGCUUGCAGCCUACUUAGUGCCCGAGGCUUUGCCACAGCUCAGUGAGGAAAGAGAGAACCGUCUGUUGGCAUGGUAUAAAGAGGACUUGCCUUAUCCUGACACUGCAGAGCAGGAAAUACACAGAUGGAAGCAUCAAUUCCAGAAUCACACUGGGCCUCUCCCUGCUACUGCAAUGGAAACAUUGCAGAAUGGAAUUUUGGAGUUUUACCCAAAUGUUAAGUGCAUGCUUUUGCUUUUCUUGACAUUGCCAGUCACCACUUGCUCAUGUGAAAGGUCUUUUUCUGCAUUACGUCGACUCAAAACAUGGCUUCGCUCUACCAUGGGUGAUGAGAGGCUAUCUAGUCUAGCUCUCAUGCAUGUCCACCAGAACACUGAAAUUGACCCCCAUCGAGUGCUCCAGAGAUGGGAUGCUUCUGGCCACAGGAGAAUUGUUACUUGCUUUGACAAGAGUUAAUGAUGUGAACACUGGAUGGAUGGAUUGAUCUCCACCACAAGACAAGAGGCCAGAUUAUUCUCUCUCUUAUUCUCACACACAUAGACACACAACUACAGACACAUGCAUAUACUGUACAAAUUUUACAAUCUCUCACACUUUGCCUUUAUUAAAACAUACCUUUCACAGAGGCAUACACACACAGAAUAGGUUGGUUGCAAGUCAUCAGUUCACACUCUCUCUAGGCCUACUGUAUGUCUCUCCACAUACACCCACAAAUGGCCUAAUACACACACACACACACUCACUCUCUUUCUAAAACACACAAACACACACAGACACAUUGAUAUAUGCCAAGCCAACACUUUAAGGGUUCAUAUUAAAAGAAUACAGCAGUUGUUGGCUUUCUAUUGCCAUGUGUUAUGUUAGUUACAAUGUAAAUAUGGCUGUAAAUAUUAGGUAGCUGAGUAACACAGUCAGUUAUGGUGCCAUUGUUACACAAGUUUAGAAUUGUGAAAAUAAAUGUGUCUUCCAAAUCUA